UUCCGGUUUAUGUCAAAAAAAUAUAAACAAAAGUUGGCGGUAAAGAUGGAGCCCGUAGAAAGUGAACCCUUAUCCAGCGAUGAAACAAAUCAGGAAUACAGAGUGCAAGUAACGUCGAAGAAACAAGUAAUAGUGCAGAUAAAUAAAUACAAAGACAUUCUGAAGACAGCUCUCGACGGACAGCCGGACGUUGCAGAGGAGACGAGGCGAGUUUUACUGCAGGAGCUGCUGGCGAACUUUGAGGCGGCUGUUCAGGACAACGUGUUGGUGGACGGACAGCCUUGGGAGGAUGCACCUGUAGUUGAAGCAGAGGAUGAGGCUGUUGAUCUGGAAAGCCUGCUGGAUGACACCAUCGUUGAGACCACAAGGAGGCGCCGUACGUACCCAAGGCGGAUCCUGCCUCAUGUAGUCCACUCCCUCAAAGCUGAACGUAAACUCAUGGGGCUGUACGAGCACGCAGUCAAACCUCAAGAGGUGGUCAAAGAUCCUGAUCAAGAGAGCAUCAUGAACGAUUUGUCAGCAGCAGCUCCUGGAAUGGUGAAGCAGGCCAUCCAGGUCAUAAAGUCAAUCAACACUCUACAGAAACAAGCCGAAGGCCUCUGUGAGAUCCUCAACAUGAAACCGAGUCACGCCACUCUGGAGAUCCACAGGGAAGUUUUUGGUUUUAACAGCCAAUCAGACGCUCCCUUGCCUCGUGUGAAUGGAGCUACGAGGAACAGGCAGCCCAUCAAGAGAACCGUAGAGGAAGCAGCAGCCACAGACUGCUAUGUGCCUCUCAGUGAGAAACCUGUGGGAGAGGACAAGCCAGAGUGACCCCUCCUGCUACCAUCACCAUCAGAGCACCAUCAAGAUGGUGUGAUGUUUCGGACUAAUUAGUUUUUUGUUUUGCACAGUUUUGUUAUUCUUUUAAAGAAUAGAAAGCAGAGGUUAACACAUGACUCUUGAGGUUUAUUCAUUUUAAACAUAGUGAAAUAUUUUCUCCAACAUGUAUAGUAAAGGUUCCUUGUCUCACAUUUGGACAUGAAUAUGUAAUAUUAAUGGUGAGACAUAACUACAAUUCUCAUAAACAAAGAACUAUUGUUCCCUAGCAGCCUCUACAUUCCGACUGCUGGAUCGUACAAAACCACAAGAGGGCGCAAAGCAAAUGGCACAAGUCGUCUUUAAUGAAGCCAAACAGAUGUUUCAGUGACAUGUGGGACAGUGUUACACCUGAGACUGGUUCUCCUAGUGACAAGCGAGCCUGAUGAAGCAUACACAAAACGGGUUGCUUGCUCUUCCAUUUGCAAACGUUUUUCUGUGGUGUGCAGCAACCCCCUUCUUACGUUUUGAUUCUCGUCAUAUUGCUUCCUCUUGACCGGGACCCGUUUGAAUUAUACAACAGACAGAGGACUUAUCAUUUUCUUAGUACAUACCCCAGUGUAUUACAAUUAAUGUGAAAGUAAUUACCAUACUAACAUUCUCAAACCAUAUUAAGCUUGUCUGGUUUAGAAGAAGUAUUUAAACAAUGUCAUAAAUUUAAGUCAGAGAUUUAACAGCUGCAAUUUGCCACUGAAACAAUCAUCUGAAUUUGUGAAAAAAGAAAGUUAAAUAUCGUAAUAGUCUUUAGGACUAAACUGAAUCAGUUGAAGUCCUAAAAGAGACUGUUGACUCCUGAUCUUAUCCUGUUCAUACUGUAUAAAACUACAUUUCCAGAGACUUUGUACUUUCUCCCAGCUCUGUCCUUUUUAAACAUUUUGAAUAUAUCCUGUUGGUUCAUCUUUACAUGUUAUGGUCACUUUAAGAACCGGUAAAGACAUGUAUUGGAAAUAUAAAGUUGUUGUUGUUUUUUUUAAAACAAUGUACACUCUAUCUGUCCUGUACCCUUUUUUAAGUAGAAUAAUGCCAGCCUUAUGGCAUUAUUCUAUAUUUUUCUUAUUGUCAACAAAUUAUAAUAAAAUAACCAAAACCA